AUGAUGCUUCCACCCGACCAAGUCUCGGCGCGGGCCGUCGGCCUCGUCCUCGGCUCCCUCUUGAUUCUGGUCUUCACCUACGCCUGCUUGUGGCCGACGGAGAUGUCGAUGAGCUUCUUCCGCUCUGAACGUUCGCUCGACGCAGUAAUUACUUGUGAAAUUGUUGCCCAGGAAGAACUAGAGAGAGCUCUACAGGGCGCGUCCAUGAUGAACAGGACGCUGGUCAUCAGCCGAGUAAACAAGGAGCAAGCCGAGGAGAAUGGCAUGCUACGCCUCUUUCUCCGAAGCUUGCAAGAAGGGGAGGGGACGGAGUUCUUGAUCAAACACAUCCUCUUCGUGGCCGUUGAUGAGAUCGCUUUCGACCGGUGCACCAUCCUGAAGCUUAAUUGCUACCGGUUGCCAUCCAUGGAGCCUCUGAAUCCUUCGGAAGAGCUGGUUUUAUCUGGUGGUCUCGACAUGAUGUGGGGAACAGGUCUCCUCCUUGGAGAAGUCCUGAGGCAUGGUUAUAGCUUUAUAUUCACAGAUCUGGAUGUAAUGUGGCUGAGAAAUCCAUUCCCGAUGCUAAGCUAUGCCGGAGAAGACAUGCAAAUAUACAAUGGAGAACCUAAUGAUUCUUCCCACUUCUUCUUCGGCUCUGGUUUCUAUUCCGUAGCUGCAAACAACAGAACCAUCGCAUUAUUCGAUCAGCUGUAUGCUGCAAGGAUCGACUCCAAGAUCAUGAAUGGAAAGGACAUGUUGACGUUUCUUUUAAGAUCUAUAUCUCGGGGCGCCUUUCAGCGGCUGGGGUUGAAAGUGCAUGUCUUGGACGCAGUAUACUUCGGUGGUCUCUCUCAGGAAGCCAUUGACAUCACGAAAGUGACGACAGUGCAUGCGGACUGCUGCCCCAGCGAGGAGGCCAAGCUUGCCGAUCUGACUGCGCUCGUCGAUGCUUGGAAGACAUAUCACAGGAAAUCGAACGUCACAUUGCUAGUGCGCAAUGCCUGCACACAGUCAAUGAAUACAUCAGUUGCAUCCAAAGACGAAGAUGAGCUUGGAAGAGCGUUGCAGGGAGCUUCCAUGGCGAACAAGACUGUGAUAAUAAGUGUUCUAAACAAGGCUUACGUCGAGGAGAACGGCAUGUUGGACCUCUUCCUUCGGAGCUUGCGGGAAGGCGAGGACACAGGGCUUUUGAUCAAACACCUUGUCCUCGUGGCAGUCGACAAGACGGCCUUCGACCGAUGCCGUGCCCUGGGACUCCACUGCUUCCAGCUCGUCACCGAUGGCGUCGACUUCUCCAAGGAGGAACUUUACAUGUCCGACGACUUCAUCAAGAUGAUGUGGAGCAGGACUCUCUUCCUCGGAAAUGUCCUCAAGCGAGGAUACAACUUCAUCUUCACAGACAUGGAUGUGAUGUGGCUAAGAAACCCAUUCUCCCAGCUGCAUCAUCGAGGAGAAGACCUGGAGAUUAGCUGCGACAGAUACAAUGGCCGACCUUUCGACCAAUCCAACUCCAUCAACACAGGCUUCUACUUCGUGGCCUCGAACAACAAGACCAUCGCAUUGUUCGACGAGUGGUACGCGGCGAGUCGCACAUCGAAAGGCAUGAAGGAACAGGAUGUGCUCUACAGCAUGAAAUCUCAGGGAGCAUUUCGACGGCUGGGCAUGAAGGUUAGGUUCUUGGACACUGCAUACUUCAGUGGAUUCUGUCAAGACAGCAGGGAUUCACGUAGGGUGACGACAGUGCACGCAAACUGCUGCCGAAGCAUCAAAGCGAAGCUUACUGACCUGAAGAGAGUGCUUCAAGUGUGGAAGACGCAUACCGGCACAAGCAUCAGAUGGCCUCCCCACACCGCUUGUGCUCACUCCUGGGGAUAA